AGCAGUGCGAAAAUGAACCCGUUUCAGGCCCCAAAUAAUUAAGAGAAAUCAGACAGUGACAAACCGCCUUUUUAAUAUUUUUAUUUUUUAAUCGGUCGCGCCCGAGCUGAUGCACCCCUAAAGUGGACUAGUACUUUCUUGCAAUUCAAAUCAGUAACACCCCUCCCUAUUCCACAUAAAAGGCUACCUCCUCUCACCCACUUCUCAACUUUCUUCUUCUAUUUUCCUGAUUUAUCCAUCAUCAACAACGAAUUACUUUCUACCAAAGUUGUCAUCAAUAACAACCACAUCCACAACAUUUCAUCAUUUAAACAACAUCUAAACACUACUAAGCAUCCUUCAAGAUGACUGGACGCGGCAAGGGAGGAAAGGGUCUCGGAAAGGGCGGUGCCAAGCGCCACCGUAAGAUUCUUCGUGACAACAUCCAGGGUAUCACUAAGCCCGCCAUCCGACGUCUCGCUCGUCGUGGUGGUGUCAAGCGUAUCUCAGCCAUGAUCUACGAAGAGACCCGAGGUGUCCUAAAGUCCUUCCUUGAGGGUGUCAUCCGUGAUGCUGUCACAUACACCGAGCACGCCAAGCGCAAGACCGUCACAUCCCUCGACGUCGUCUAUGCCCUCAAGCGACAGGGCCGUACCCUUUACGGUUUCGGUGGUUAAGCGGUGUCGUCGCUUUUACCGUUUUCCGGUUUGCUCCUUGGUUGUGUUCCCCCGGUUUUACCCUCAAUCGCAUGGGUGUACCUAGAUAGGAAGCGUUUUUCGCAAAGGGAACACUAGGGAGAAGGAGUUGUGACACUGGGGAUUGGCAUGAUACACACAUUCUGACAUUCGGCGUUGGUGGUUAAUUUUUCACGUUACGGUAAACAUGGUCCACGCGAUGACUUUUGAGACAUGGUGGGCGUCCACGGACAGAUAGCCUUGCCUAUGAUAUGCUACGGCAUACUGAAUGUACUGGCAUUGCAUUGCGCUUUGCUGUAAACAAACUUUUC